AUGGCACCAAGUUCCAACAGACGCUUCUCAUUCUCAUUCUCUCCUGCUGCCAAAGCUUCAAAGCGUGUGAUGGCUGAGCGCAAUGACAAUCGUCGCUCGUUCGACUCCCAAGCGAGCUCUUCUACCCUUGGAGCCAUGCCGGUCGUCGAGGUUGAGAGCUAUCUGACGGCUCCUGCCGCCCGAUGGACAACUGCGAAUAGAAUCUAA